GAGUUUCCAUUGUUUGAUUUUACCUAUUUACUGUGGAAGAUGUUGAUACUAAAAGGGGAAUUUAUUGGAGAAAAAUGUAAAAAUACAAGGAGACUGUAUGGCUGACUAGAUUUCAAAGUACUAUCGACCAUAUGGGAAUUUCGACUCCUGAAGGAUUUGGGCCUCAAUAUCAGUGGCUAGAUUUGGAAAAGGCAAUAGAAGUUUCGAGAUUGACCCAGAAACCAAUUAUGGUUAUUAUUCAUAAAUCAUGGUGUACAGCAUGCUCAGCUUUGAAACCUCAGUUUGCAGAGUCCAAAGAAAUAGAAGAAUUGAGCAGCAAUUUUGUGAUGGUAAAUGUUGGUGAUGAUGAUAAAGUGGUAGGCAGUUCAUUUUCCCCAGAUGGAGAUUAUAUUCCACGCAUCAUUUUCAUGAGUCCAGAUGGUGAAGUGAGGCCAGAGUUUUAUAAUGAGGGAGGCAAUGAAGCAUAUAAGUAUUUCUAUUCUGAUAUUUCAAAUAUAAUAACUACAAUGCAGAAAGUCCAGAGGGCAUAUAAAAAGAAACACAAAUCAAAAGACACGAAAGAACUUUAAUAAGGAUGCAUGAUGCUUCUUUUCUAGUCACUUAUAUAUAUUUAUCACAGAAGCUUGAGAUUUCUAUGAAUUAUUUAGGUACUCAUGCACUGUUUUGUGAAAAUAUUGUAGUUAA